AGAUGACUGGAGUGAAGCGACAGAGACGCAGAAAUAGUACAGUAAUUUAAGAAGAGCGAAUGAAGCUUCCUGCAUUAGCUCAACUUUAGCUGAUGGACACAUGAUGUGUGUGAGACCUGACCAACAUGGCCCUAUGGGAUAGCUCAAACAACAUGUGUAGUAUGGAGUCUACAGCUGACGGCUCCCCUACAGUUCCAGAGCCAGAGCUCUACCGGAGCAUCCAGGCUGUGCUGCCCAGAGAAACAGACCAGCUGCACCAAUCUGACUGUUUCAACAAAGGGAUGCUGAGAUGGACGCUUCAUAAGAAGGUUCAAAAGAAUCCUGCAAGUAGCUUGUCUCUGGUGUGGUUACUGAUAAAGGAGCUGGAAAAGGCAGAGAGAUGGGACUCUCGCAAAUGCAUCAUCCCAUUGCUCCACACACUGAUGUAUGCCAUUUACCAGACAGCAUAUAUUCCAGAUGAACUCUACAAGCGGGUUUACGACUUCUGUAAGAGGCUGCUGACGUUUCCUCACCCCUAUUGCACUGUGGGCCUUAGCUACACAAGACAGAUAAAAACUGAACGCUUCAUUCCAGGUCUAAUGUACCAGAGGAUGGUCAUAGCUGAGCAGAGAUUAAAAACCGUGCACUAUCCCUUCCAAGAGAGGGUUUUUGUUUUAGCUGAACCAGAGGUCUUCUCUGAGUCCUUGGUAACAGUUGUGUCGGGGGAUUUUGAGGUAUCAGCUACAUCUUCAGGUCAAUUUCUAAAUCCUCUAGAUCACAUGCGCAGUGUGGUACAACACUCUAUACAGGCUGCUUUAGGAGAUGAGCAGUGCCAUGGGCCAAAACUCGCUCAAGCCCUCAAGGACAUGGGGCAAGAAGUUGAGCCAUAUUUUCAGGAAGUGUUGGCGUCGCUAGAGCAGAGCUUGGAGGAGGGCGUCAGAGGGGAGGGGGGAGUGCUGAGGAGCCGUCUUCUCCAGCUGUACAACGAGAUUCUUGCCAAUGCAGACUCAGAACCAUUGUCUGGUGGACCACUAUGUGACUGCCCUCUUCCUAACCCAGAGAUGAGCUUCCACCUGUGGACAGCGGAUCUGGAUAUUUGGCGAGAGCUGGCCAAGUGGCUUCGAUCCAGUUCCAUGUCAGAACAGUUCUCCAUCAUUGAAGAGCAGGAGGACCCCGAGUUGGGUGAAUCGCCCAUUGACAUGAUGCCAUGUGACAUGACGCGCUUUUCCAUUAUGUCCAACGACAGCGGUAUUGAAAGGGACCUGCCGCCCAGCACUGAGCCGUCCCAACUGCCAUCUUUGGAUGCCGUCAACAUGACUGGACCAUGGGAACAAUCCAAAAAUGAGCAAGACUCAAUAAAACUGUUGAGGCGUGGAGGCAUCAAAAUGAAACCAAGCAUAAAAGACAGUAUGGUGCUGAUACAGGAAAAUAUGGAGGACCAGGCAAGCCUCACAGGAGCAGGAGGAAGUGGAGGGAAGGGAGGAAGAAGAGGGAUGACUUUGCAGAGAAGAGCAGGAAGCAGUGUGAUGCACAACCCCUUCUCCAAGCAGCAGAGACAACUUACUGCCAGGAUAGUCAUCAUGGGGACUGAUAGGGUGCUGGGCCGCCUAGCUAAAGCCUAUUACUUCUUCAGAAAAAGGGAAGCACGAAGGCUUUUUCUCACAAUGAAAGUCGACCUCCAGUUUUACUACAUCCCUGUUUGCAGUCCCAGGAGUCCCAGCUCCCCAGUCAAAGAAAACCACCAACAAUCCAAGGGGGAUUCCUGCACUCUUGGUUCCUAUUUGAGCAACGUUGACCCAUGGUACAACUGCAACAUCAAGAGCUUGGGUAGAAUGAUUCCCAACCUGGCUAAAAUGCAACAAGCAAGCAACGAGAGGCAAAAAGAGCCCUUCAUCUCUGAUAUAAUUUCCUAUUAUGUCCGUACUGGUCAGCAGCCGGUCUACUUCGCUAUCUACUUUGUUAAGAUCUCAUUCAACAUCAUGACGAAGGAGCCAGUGGAGGAAGUGUUUCUUACCCAUCUGGACAUGGAUUUCCCUGAAUUCAGGCAUAUCGCUGCGUCAGUUAGAGGAGAUAAACACAGGAAGAGCUCGGGGGAGGUAUGCGGAGCUAUGGUCUCAAUGAAUUACAGAAAGGUGACAUUAAGUGGCCGUGACAUCGAUGAAGGGAUUUCGGUCAGGAUGACGGGUGCUCGGAUCAAUGCCAUUCCUUCCAAUGAAGCAGAAGAUCUAAACUGUCUGACACUGAUGAUGAACGAAACCUCCGUAAAGACGAAAAACAACACUGUGGAGCCGCCAAAGUUUCGAACCAGCAACAUUAAAAUUCGCACUUUGGAGAGACGUUCUUUCACUGUUACACUGGACGGAGAUGAUUCCAGGACCUACAGAAAUGUGCAGAGCAUCGAGGUCUUGCCCUGUGUGGAUCCAGGAUACUGCGUCCAGAAAACAAUGAGGUCUAAAUACAAGUUGGAAGAGGAUAAAGAUGCUGGACUGAGCAAGUACAUGAACAAAGGACUUCCUCUGCCAAUUAAUACAUUUGCUGGCAUCAUCAACUGAUGUGAUGAAGUGACCCCACAGAGACACUUUUAGUAGUUGUGGCAGUGGCAAUGACCUUUCUCUCUUUUAAACAUCUAAUCCUGCGAAUGAAUAGAAAUCACCUCUGAGUCAUGAUGAGCUGCUUCCGAAACUAGAGUUUACUCCGUCAAUCUGAAAUGACUGGCACAUUGACUGGCAGUACUAGUGUCAACUUUUGCAGUUAAUGAAAUAACCUGUAGGCUGCUUUUAUAGUCACAGGACAACAUUUGUUUUUACUGCAGGUUAUGAUUAAACCUGAUGGUGUUCAUUCCUUUUGAAUAUCCUGCUGUGCCAGCUGGAAUAAUUCCAGAGUACAAUGUUGUCUCUGACAGUGGAGAGAUCAGCAACAAGCAAAAGCACAUAGCUGAUGAGUAUUUGGAUCAACAGUCAUGUGGCAUAAUAAAAACUCGGCAAUCUGGAAAUUUGGCUUCAAAAAGCUAUCACUUAGUGGAGCAGAUUUGAUUUUGUAACAGUUGCUCUACUUCAUAGACACUACCGUUUACUGCUUCUUUGACACACACACACAAACACACACACACAGUAUACACACAAGAAUGCUGACAAACAUGACCUGUCACCUACUGAAAUAUUCAAAUAAUUGAAAAGCUGGUACGAUGACAGCUGUCGCUCCCUCUUGCUUUUGUCCUGACACAAUCUUUCAAAUACCUUUUUAUCCAUAUACGUGUUACAUAAUGUAAGCUGUUUAUAGGGUGCUACUGUUUACUGUAGUUUUUGGUUUAGUGUUUGGGAACUUUUUAGAAUUCUAGACUCACACUGUAAAAACUAAAAGAAUGUCAGAUAUUACUACAAAAAAAACAGCACGCGCAGCUACUGUCUACCAAACAGAAGUGACAGAUUACAGUUUGCCUUCCUUGUAAUGUAUGUGACAAACAGCUAAACAGUGGUCAGUAAAUGUCUCCAGUCUACUGAAGUGUGAAAAUUACCCCUAAGCCCAAUCCACGUACUGCACUGUGUUAGAUGAAGUAGAUAAGUUGCACUAAAACUGCAUAAUUGUUGGUCAAUUUAUUUUAGGAAAAACUUUGUGUGAGAUGUACAACAUGUUACUAUGUAAUUGUAAUUACUGUAUAUGUCAUAAUUGUAGAAACAUCCGUGUGACAUACAGUCAUCAUAUGAUAUGCUCUGAGUUCUAGAUGUAUGGAUGUUUGAGAUCUGACACUUCAGAUGUUGAUGCAAAAAGAUUGUGUGGCUAUAGGUGUGAGUCUGGGGGGCAAAGGUCUCAAACUCAGGAAAUGGAAAUGAUGCGUUACUAGGUAUGUGGCAAAAAAAAAAAUCAAGUGUGUGUAUGUGUGUCAAAUAGCAUUGCUGGGUAAAAUCACAAGUUUGAAAAUCAUGAUAUAUUUUGCACAUUAUUUUCUUAUAUAUCAUAUAUUAAGUAUGGUUCCAAAUGUAAUUGUGUAAAUAACUGCGAUUGUGUAAAAUAAAUUUAGUUUUUUUUAA